AUGGAAGCUUUUGUUCAAAAAGUUUGGUCACAUUUGGCUUUGCCUGAGAUCUGUAUUCUUAAACCAGGGCUAUUUUUAUACAAAUUCAAAAGCAAAGAAGAUAUGAUGAUUAUUCUGGAAAGUGGACCUUGGUUCUUUGGAUCUAGACCACUUCUUCUUAAACCUUGGUCGAUUGAUGAAGAGAUAGGUAAAAGAAAUGACUGCUUAUAUCCAAUGUGGAUUCAGUUACCAGGUCUGAGAUUAAACCUGUGGAAUGCUAAAUGUAUUAGUAAAAUAGCUAGUCUUAUUGGCAAACCUAUUGCCACUGAUAAGCUAACUGCAAGCAGGCAGAGGCUAGAAUAUGCUAGAGUCCUUGUUGAGGUUAGUAUGCCAUCUCCUCUUCCAGAUCAUAUCUCCAUUCAGGGACCAAAGGGGAAAAAUAUUAUUCAGAAGGUGAUCUAUGAAUUAAAACCUAGAUGGUGUGACUUUUGUAAACAAGUGGGACAUGAAACUAACUAUUGCAAGAGGAAAACUGGAAUACAAAGAUGGGUGCCUAAAAGCAAAGUUGUUAUCAUUGAAAAUAAACCUGAGAACAACUUGAACCCACUUGAUGAGCAUGGUAUUGCUCAAAUAAAGGCUGAUGAUAAAGGAAAAGAGAUUAUCCAUGAUUCUGGAAAUAAUGGUAACAAUAUCAAUGAUUUCCAGCCUGAAAGGUUUUCUGUGCAUGUUGUGCAUGAUGAGAACCCGAAUAAUAUGCAACAAGCUCAUGUGGUGCAUGUUUUAGGAAAUGGAGUUGAUAUACAACAAAUAAGCAGCAAGUCUGGUUUACUGCAGGCUGUGCAUGUUGAAGAAUGUGCACAGCAAUCUGAAACUAGUUCAAAGCAAAUAAUUGGUUCUGGAAAAAAUGUUGAUAAUUCUUGGAUACUUGUUCAAGGGUCCAGAGUUAAAAAAAAUGCAUCUCCAUUACUUUCCAGUUGCUCAGAUAUUGAUCCCUCUGUUAUUGACCAGCAAAUUACUUGUGCAAUUAAAUCUCUUGAUGGGAGGCUAGAUUGUGUCAUCUCAUCUGUAUAUGGUUUCAUUCAAACGGAGGGCAGAAAAGAAUUAUGGGCAGAUUUAAUUCAAAUUCAGGAAAUAAUAGGAAAUGUUCCCUGGCUCAUCUGUGGGGACUUUAAUGUAAUGAUUGAUAAAGAUGAUAAGCUUGGUGGUGCAGUCCUUUCUGACUCAGAUACUAGGGACUUCAACAAUUGCAUUAAAGACUGUCACCUAAACCAUAUGAAAACUCUAGGCUACUUUUAUACCUGGAAUAAUAAGCAAGAGGCAGAAGCAAGAGUGUGGAGUAGGCUAGACAGAGCACUAGUGAAUGAUCAAUGGAUUACUGCUUAUAAUUCAAGUUAUGCAGAAUAUUUGUUACCUCAUUUUUCAGACCAUUCCCCAGGCCUGAUUUCUAUCUAUGAGGAUUGUUUGCAAGGGAAAAAAUCAUUUAAAUUCUUCAAGAUGUGGACCAAACAUGCUGAUUAUCUGCCUACUGUUUCUAAUAUCUGGGAAUCAGAUAUACAAGGAUGCACAAUGUACUCUGUAUGCACCAAACUCAAAAUGCUGAAAGAAGCCUUGAAAGUGCUAAACAAGAGACAUUUCUACAAUAUUAGUGAACAGGUUCAAAGAGCAAAGCUAGUUUUGGAAGAUACUCAGGAAAAAUUUCAAAAUAAUCCUCUAGACACUAUACUCAUCAGGAGAGAAAAAGAAAACCUUUCGUCUCACAACAAAUUGCUGGACUGUGAAGUAUCAUUCUAUCAGCAAAAAGCAAGAAUAGCUUGGAGUGUGCUUGGUGACAGAAGCACAAGUUCUUUUCAUGCUGCUGUCAAUAAGAACAGACAUAACAAUAUUGUGGGUGUUCUUUAUAACAGUAGAGGGGACAGGAUUACUGAUGGGGGGGAGAUUGUUAGUGAGCUUAUUUCUUUUUUUACUAGCCUGUUGGGCACUUCUGUUGCUACUUCUCCCCCUGACAGGAACAUUAUCAAAAUUGUGCCUUGUCUGACUGAAACUCAAGUCAGGGAUUUAUCUAAACCUGUUUCUAAAGAGGAAAUUAAAGAAGCUAUCUUCUCCAUGUCUGAUAACAAAGCACCAGGGCCUGAUGGAUACAGUGCUUCUUUCUUCAAAACAGCUUGGCCUAUCAUUGGUGAAGAUAUUUUAAAAUCUAUAGGGGAUUUCUUCAGAAAUGGAAAGCUACUGGGCACUGUCAAUUCCACUUCCAUUACCUUGGUUCCUAAGGUACAAUGCCCAAAAACUCCUGCAGAUUUCAGGCCAAUUGCCUGCUAUAAUUGCCUAUACAAAUUCAUUUCUAAAGUCCUAGCUAAUAGGAUAAAAUCAAUUAUGGGCUACCUAGUGGAUGAAGCACAAAGUGCUUUUGUCAAAAGCAGACAGAUUUCUAGCAAUAUAUCUCUUGCGCAUGAACUUAUUAAAAGCUAUAAUAGGAAACAUAUAUCACCAAGAGUUAUGCUCAAUAUUGAUAUUAAGAAGGCUUUUGACACUAUCAGCUAG